GCUUCCUGCAGCCUCAUUGCAAGCAUUUCAUUUCAGCCAUGCCAAACAAACUGUGCAUGGGCCAUAAGAGAGUCAAAUAGCUGCAGCUCACCUCACAAUAACGCAGCAAAUCUUUCAAAAAUGACGGUCUUUGUCCGAGUCGAAGUGGGGUUUGGGUGGUCGGAUCGCGUCCAGACCCCAUGCAUUUCGCGCCCGUGACGUUGCGAAGAGGGUCAGCAUGACGACACAUUCACAAUGAUGAAGGGGGGAAAUGGAGGGGAUAUUAAAAUGAACUUUCAGUGGUAAGGUCGCCUUUUGUUCCUUCAUCGCUCGAACUCAUCUUCCACCCACCUCUGCAGACGAAACCUCCAUCCAUCAACCAACACAAUGAGCAGCCACCACGAGAAAGCCCCCCAGAAGAAGGGUUCCACUCAGCCUCACAAGCACCACGAGCAUCAUGAGACAGGGUAUACAGAUGAAGCGGCUGUCGAGUGUCACGAUUUGAUCGAUCGUGCCGAGGAAGAGGCCCACCUCCACGAGCCCGGAUCCAUGUACGAGCCAACAACUCACCCCGAGAAGGUCCACCUGGCGAAUACUAGCUCUUCGGGAAAGAAGAGCUCCUCGUCAAGCAUGCCGUCCUCGGGCAGCAAAAUGAAGAAGUCCGGUUUGGAAGGAUCUAGCAGCAGCACAAAGGAGAGCAUGAAAGAAGGCAUGGGGUCGAUGAAGGAGAGCAUGAAGGAGGGUAUGGGCUCCAUGAAGGAUACCAUGAAGGAUACCAUGGGCAAGAAGAAAUAGAUUGGGCACAUUCCAUUCUCACGGGAACUUGCGGAGGUUUGGACAUGGUCAAAGUGAAUUACCCAAUGCCAAUCGAAUCUAUUCCCUCUUGCUGUUAUCAAUUUAUGAAGACACUUGUCAUACCUGCUCACGUAA